GCGACGUCAGCGAACCACGUGACCCUUUCUCCCUUCCUCCUGUACCAAGGCGCCAAGGGCCAAGGCCUCCGAACGAAAAGGGAAAAGCACGAUGAAUCGACCUGUUUCGGAAAUAAUCAAAAGCAAAGACUCCGAUGAACCCAAGAAGCAGUCCCGUGAGGAUUGGAGAAAAGCUAAAGAGUUAGAAGAGGCAAGAAAAGCAGGCACAGCGCCAGCUGCCGUUGAUGAGGAAGGAAAGGAUAUCAACCCUCACAUCCCUCAGUACAUAGCUUCAGCUCCAUGGUACUUUGGUGCUAAGGGGCCGACGUUGAAGCAUCAACGGCCACAGCCCGAAAAACAGCAGGAGUUUUCUGCUAUAAGCGAUUACUACGCAAGAGGAGAAUUUGUUGGAAAGGCUACCAAGUAUCGCAAAGGAGCUUGCGAAAACUGUGGAUCCAUGACUCACAAGAAAAAGGACUGUUUUGAAAGGCCACGGAAAGUGGGCGCAAAAUACACGGGCAGUGAGAUAGCUCCAGACGAAAAGGAAUUACCAGAUCUCAAGCUGGACUAUGAUGGGAAACGGGAUCGCUGGAACGGAUUUGAUUCAGCUUGCUACCAAGGGGUCAUCGAGGAGUACCGUAAAGUAGAAGAGGCCAAGCGUCAACUGAAAGAGGACCGUUUGAAGCACGACAUAGCUAGUGUGGACACCACUCAUGAGGACGACAGCGAUGACGACAUGGAUGGUGAUGAAGACAAGUAUGCUGACAAUGCCGACAUGCCUGGCACAAAAGUCGACAGCAAGCAGCGCAUCACUGUGCGAAACCUUCGAAUUCGAGAAGACGUUGCCAAGUACCUGAGGAACCUGGACCCAAACUCAGCAUACUAUGAUCCCAAGACUCGCUCCAUGAGAGACAACCCUUACAAAAAUUCAAACAAGACUCCAGAAGAGUUGCACUUUGCAGGAGACAAUUUUGUGCGAUACACAGGCGAUACCAAGAAGGUGGCAGAAGCACAAUUGUUUGCAUGGCAAGCGUACGACAAAGGAGUAGACGUCCACCUUCAAGCUGACCCCACCAAGGCAGAGCUUCUCAGCAAAGAAUUCCUGUCCAAGAAGGAGGAAUUCCGGCACUCUAUGAAAGAAAGUAUCAUGGAAAAGUAUGGCGGAGCUCAGCAUCUCCAGGCACCUCCCAAGGAACUCAUCUUUGCGCAGACUGAAGACUAUGUCGAGUUCUCUAGACAUGGGGAGAUUAUCAAAGGAGGUGAAAAGCCAAUCAUACGCUCCAAGUAUGAGGAGGACAUCCUUAUUAACAACCACACUACUGUCUGGGGUUCCUACUGGAAGGAUGGUAACUGGGGCUACAAGUGCUGCUACUCCUUCGUGAAAAAUUCCUACUGCACGGGAACCACGGGGCAGCACAUUGAAUCAACAGUGGAUAAUCAAAUUGUCCUCAAUGAGUCUUCAAUCGGGGAAGAUGCAAGUGCCCCACUGGAAGAAAAACAAAAGAGGAAAAAGAAGAAGAAACAGAAGAGAAACAAGAAGCAAACAGCCAAGCAUCCAAUCGGACAGGAUACAUCCAAUAGCAGCUCUGAGGAGGAGGAGGAAGAAAGAAAGCAAAAGAUAAAAGAGGCUAUGCAAGCCAUUGAUCAUGACCAGGAUCAGGAACUUGACGAAAGAAAGAGGAAAUACAACAGCAUGUAUGAGGCAAAGGCACCAACAGAGGAAGAGAUGGAAGCGUUUUUCAUCAAACGAAAACGAGCAGAAGACCCAAUGGCCUCAUUUCUGUCAUAGUGUAUUCAAGAUGUGUCCUGUACUUUACAAAUAUAUACCAACCCUAAUAUGAUACCCAUUCUUCGAGAAAUCAACUUUAUUCAAAGCUUGCAUGUCAGAUGAGUCAAGCCUAUUGCAGCUUUAGAAUAUUAACACUGAAAAGAAUGCAAGCAAUUUUUUCCAUUGUUUGGUCUUCAAGGCGGAAUAAAUGGUGGUGGUUUUUGUCAACAUGA